AUGCUAUUAAGUGAUGCAGAAAUGAUGCGGAUACAAUUAUUCACUCUCCCAUUGGUAAUGCAUCAAUACUUGUAUUACGCGUUUGUAGAUGUUACUCCUGAAAGCUACUCAGUAGCCACGACUGAAUGGCCUGACAAUAGUCGGUCAGACAUGGUUCAUGCGUCCUCCCUGAUUAUGAUUGAACUUCAAUAUCAUUUCAAAGAGUUCAUGCUUAGACUUAUAAACUAUGCGCCUAAUGGGUCAAUGCUGAGAAAUUUCUGCUCGGAACAGCUUGAAAUGGGCAGAGAAAUGUUUUUUGUUGACCGCGGAUGCUGUAACUACUUAUUUCCAGCAAGCAACACAAAAUUUAUGGCAACACUAGCUUACUUUCUUGCACUCCUAAUGAUGAACCAGUACCUCAACAAUAUCAGAGAAAUCCAACGCUAG